GGCGGUCUGGAUGUUAAGCACAGAAUCAUAAACACUGAGAAUCUAAGUGUUUUGUCUCUUGAAUACGAGAAUAUCGGCAAAAUUAGGAACAAAUUCAAUGACCCGAACGGUCACUCGAGACAAUUCCAGUGUAAGGCCAGGAAUACCAUCGGAGAAGAGAAAAUCACUUUCGAGUUGAAUGUCGGAAAACUUCCGGAACAACCCAUUCUCGCCAACUACUCAUAUGAAGACGGAGUUUUGCAUCUGACAGUUAACGACACAAGAGUUGAGCCACAGAUUGAUAUUUACAAAUUGGAGAUUUCUGACAAACAACACAUUUAUUUCAACGCCUCCAACCGAAAUCCAUUGGCUAACAACACAUACGACAUCGUAGUGGAGGUGCCAUCGGGUCAGCACUCGAUGAAGAUCUUGGCGCACAAUCCGGUCGGAUGGUCUCUGCAGACGGAUCCAAAUGAUCCGCAAUUCUUGACAUCGUGA